AUGAUGAUCUUUGGCGAGAAUUUAGCCUCCAUUGCCUAUAUCUCAGGAAGUGGCUUCACUAUGGAUGAACAAGAAAGUUCAAUCAUCUGUGGUGGGGUAAUGAGCAACAGACUUUAUGCCUGGGAUGUGAAAACGGGGAAUAUGAUCUGGGCAAGCCAAGUGCAGGAGUAUUACAUCAUUAAUAUGAUAACCGUCCCUCAGAUGCAUCUUAUAUUCACUUCAGAUUUACAUAAUAAUGUCAAAAUGUGGAAUUGCUAUAACACAGAGCCUCUGGCUGCCGCUAACUUGAGCUUGCGCUGCUGUUGUAUAGAAGUCUUUAUCAUAAAUCGUUGUCCAUUUCUUGUGAUUGGUGGUUCUGAUGGUCACAUCUACACCUUAACAAUGCCUAACUUAAGGUGCAUUUCUAGGAUUUUUGUAUUCAAAUAUCAGAUUGACCAUCUACUCUGCUCUCCUGAUAAGAAAUAUAUCUUUGCAAUUGGAUAUUUCAUGUUAACUCCUCACCAUAUUGGAUCCUAUGAUGGAAAUAUGAUUGUCUUUGAAAAUCAUCCACACCUGCUCCUCUACACCAUUGAUGGCAACAUGAUACAUGAUUUUUGCAACCAUGACCGUGACAUCACCUGCUUAUCAAUGGUUGGUUUUUAG